AUGGAAGCGAUUAAGAAGGCUGCUGACGGACCCUUGAAGGGCAUCUUAGCUUACACUGAUCAUGAUGCUGUAUCUACCGAUUUCAUUCAUGACAAGGCAUCGUCCACUGUCGACAUCAAAGCUGGCAUUUCCCUCAAUCCCACUUUCGUGAAGCUUAUCUCUUGGUAUGACAAUGAGUGGGGUUAUUCCAACAGCUCUGCGAUCUCGCUGCCCACGUUGGAAAGACUUGCGGUUUCUAGAAAUUUAAUUUUUCCCGAUUUUUGA